AUGUCGUCUUCGUAUGAUGGAAGCAGCAAGAGUAGCGGGAGCAGCUACUCGGACGAGCUGUCGUACUCUGAGCGGCCUGACUUUACCUCUGCGCUGUGCUCGUGCGAGGGUUCGUUCUGCGACAACCUGUACGCGCUCUUCUGCCCAUGCUGCGCCGUGGCAUCGGCUAUGAACGCGUACUCGCGGACCAACUGGGUCUUUACUCUCUUCUGUGCUCCACCGGCUGCCUCGCGGAACAUCAUGCGCGAGGGCUACGGCAUCGACUCGUCCUGCACUGCCGACAUCUGCACCGCCUGCUUCUGCCUCCCGUGCAUGGCACGCCAGAUGCUGUUCGAGACCUCGGUCCGCGGCGAGGUCAAGCCCAAGCAUACCAAGGCGUCGCGGCGGAACGCCAAGCGGUCGCGGAUGAACGUCAGUGGCCGCCGGCAUGGCGGCGCGUGGGCCAUCCGCUCCUGCGAUGUGUGCCACGAUGGCCUCGGCCCGUUCUGCCGCGCCUGCGUCUGCAUGCCGUGCUUCUCGGCCCAGGUCCGGGCAUCGUACGACUCGUCCGACUGGUGCUUCAACGUCCUCUGCACCACCCCAGCACUUGUCCGCAACAUUGUCCGCGAGCAGCAGCGCAUCGACGGCAACUGCUGUACUGACAUCUGCACCGGCUGCCUCCUCGCCCCGUGCUCCACCGUCCAGGUUGCCCACGAGGUCGACAACAUCCGUCGCGCCAACCUCAUGGCCGAUGCCAAGCCUGAGGGCAAGUCGACGGCAGCCUCGCGCAUCAAGGAUGCCUGGAACACCGGAAGCGGCAAGACCGAUGGAAAGGGCAAGGACAAGGGCAAGGGCAAGGGCAAGGGCAAGGGCAAGGGCAAGGGCUCGCGUAAGGGCUCACGCAAGGGCAAGUCGUCGCGUCGUCGUUGA